CUCCCUUGGCCUGGGUGGAUUUUCUUCAUCGUCGCCCUCGAUCUCAACAUCGAAUCGAGCUCAUUAAGCCUCGAGAACUAAUCCAGUCUCUCAGGCCGCUUUGUGUUUCUUCAUGAUUGAAUCAUCGCAAACACCAUCGUCAACCUGGCGCAAUGGACGGUGACCCGGCAGUCGAGAGCGAGCUCAGCUCCUUCAGUCUCUCCUUUCCUCUCCCAUUUAGGGUAGCUUUCAUCAUAGUAAUGGCCGUCUGGGGAUGGGGCGCCAAUCUCCACUACCUCUACCUCGUCCGCAUCGACGUGCCGGCCCUGAUCCGCUACCCGGGCCGGUCCUCUGCCUCUCAGGCACCACACCACAUCUCGACCUACCGCCUCGCUGCGCUCCUCUCCACCACCCUCGCCGCGACGCUCCUGCUCUUCUGGGCCCUGACCCGCCGAGACCCGGCCCUCGUCAUCUACUACGACUGGAUCCCCAUGACUUACCUGCUCGUGCUGGCGGGGCUCUUCGCCGUGCCCCUCCGCGGCGGCGCCAUGCCGACCACGGGCCGGCGGAGGCUGCUGGCCACGCUGCGGCGCGUGUCGCUGGGCGGCAUCGCCGAGGCCCACAACGGCAAGUUUGGCGACAUUCUGCUCGCCGACGUGCUGACCAGCUACGCCAAGGUCCUGGCCGACCUCUACAUCUGCGCGUGCAUGUUCCUGACCUCUGGGGGGUCAGCCACCGCCCGCCCGGACCGCGGCUGCGGCGGCGCCGUCGUCGUGCCCCUCAUCCUCGCCCUGCCAUCAGCCAUCCGCCUGCGCCAGUGCCUGAUCGAGUACUCGCGCGUCCGCUCCGCCCCCUACAAGGAGUCGGUCGGCUGGGGUGGCCAACACCUCGCCAACGCCGUCAAGUACAGCACCGCUUUCCCCGUGAUAAUCCUGACGGCCAUGCAGCGCAGCGGCGGGAGCGACGGGGGAGAGAAGGAGAGCACGGUCAACGCCGGCGUCAACCGCGCCUGGCUGGCCGCCGUGGUCGUGCAGUCGCUCUACACCUUCUACUGGGACGUGACCAAGGAUUGGGACCUGACGCUGUUCUCGUCGGCGCGGGAGCGCAACGCGCCCGAUCAGCCAUGGGGCCUGCGGCGACGGCUGCACAUCCAACCCGCCCCGUUCAUCUACUACUUCGUCGUGGUGCUGGACCUGGCGCUGCGGUGCACGUGGGUGCUCAAGCUCAGUCCCGGACUGGACAGGCUUUCGGGCUGGGAAGGGUCGCUCUUUGUGCUGCAGCUACUCGAGGUGUUGCGCCGCUGGGUGUGGAUCUUUUUCCGCGUCGAGACGGAGCACAUCAGGAACUCGAACCACCUGGGCCUCGGGGUGGAUGAUAUAUUACUCGGCAACUACCAGGGCAAGUCGGAUGAUGACGAGAGCGACUAG